AGUUAGGAACACGAAGCAUCACUGCACUCACGUUAGCUUGUGGACUACCUUGCUCCUGCGCCCAUUGAAGACACGUCGAGCAAUUCAGGCAGCAAUAGGGAAAGCAAAUACCAUCGCAGUCAAACGAACAGAGAAAAGUACGCAAUGAAGCGCUUUUCUGCAUGGGUGCCGUCGGCGAUGCGCAGCGGUGCCGUGCUUUCGGCCGUGACGGUGCCUCGGCGCUUCGCCGCUGCCGUGGCAGACGCCACCGAGAAGAUGCAUAGCACGCAGCAACAAGAGGAAGGUGAGUCGUCACGGCACCACGAAGAUGUCUCUGGAAAGGAGGAAACGAAGGCGGACACGAAGUCCACCGCCCUCGGCGCGAUGGCGGACGAGGACGCACCGCGGCGAAGGAACAUUGUGGUGCUGAGCAACACCACGAAAGCCGUCUACAUUCACCCGACGAACCACAUCGCCUCGUGGUACUGGUUCAUCACAGACUUCCACAAGUGGUUUGUCGGCAUGGUUUUCCUCUUUGUCGGGACGCAGGUCAUCGCACGCUACCGUGUGGCGAAGCUGCAGACCGCUACCCAGGCGCAGCUGGGUGAGAACCUGCUGGAUCAACGCACGCGCGAUUUGCUGAGCGAUAUUGAGGUGUUGCGUAAGAAGGACCCGAUUCGGCUGGAGCACGAGGCGAACGUCUACCAUGAGCAGUUCUGGAAGCGACGUGCGGUGGCGGUGGUGGAGUCGCGUAGCGAGGUGCGCAAGUUGGAAAUUCAGCGCGGCAAGAUGCAAGGGGAGGCGCGUGGAACGGACAUGACGGAGUGGCUCGGCGCGAAGGCCAAGGAUGACGAGGAGCGCGAGGUAGCACGACGGACACAGGACUACAUUCAGGGCUUCCAUCAGCAUCUUAAGUCAAAGAGGCUCAUUUAG